CUGUUUUCUUCGCCCACAAGCCGACGACGACACAGGGGGACAUCCAGCCUCUUCCCAUCGAAGGUCGAGUGGCAGAUAGGCAAAAGUCCUUUAUUCGAAUCGCAGCGCUAUCAUUGGCCUGAGCUCGGGCUGAGAUAGACUUACUCUCUCCGGCAACGUUGGAAGCGCGUCUUCUUCCCGUCCGUGCCCAGCCCACAAAUUCAUUAUUUCUCUCCCUUUUCCCCCCCUCACCGAUUCACAUACAUCGACCGGCCGCUACAACGAUAAUGUCCCUGCUGCGAUCGUCGACGAGGCCCUUGGCUGGACGGGUCGUGUGCCCGUCUCUGCAGGUCCGUGGGCGAGCAUCUGCAGUAGACCCCACACCAUUCGAGACGUCGGUGCCCCCCGCCCCGACUUCUGUCCCUUCGUCGUCCUCGGCGGCGUCGUCGUCUUCGUCAUCGGCUGCCCGUCGUUCGUGGCGCCGUGCCGAGGUGGCCGAGGUGUACCAGUCGCCGCUGCUCGAUCUUAUCUUCCGCUCGGCGACGGUGCACCGGGAGCACCAGCCUCGCAACACGAUCCAGCUGUGCACCCUCAUGAACAUCAAGGAGGGCGGCUGCUCUGAAGACUGCGGCUACUGCAGCCAGAGCAGCCGCUACACGACGCCGAGCACGCCGAGCAAGCUCAGCGAGGUCGACGAGGUCCUCGUCGAGGCGCGCAAGGCAAAGGAGAACGGCAGCACGCGCUUCUGCAUGGGCGCUGCCUGGAGGGAGGUUGGCGGCCGGAAGCGCGGCUUCAACCGCAUCCUCGACAUGGUCAAGGAAAUCCGGGGCAUGGGCAUGGAGGUCUGCACGACGCUGGGCAUGCUCACGCCCGAGCAGGCCAUCGCGCUCAAGAACGCCGGCCUGACCGCAUACAACCACAACCUCGACACGAGCCGCGAGUACUACGGCAAGGUCGUCACCUCGCGCACCUACGACGACCGUCUCUCGACACUCGAGGCCGUCCGCGACGCAGGCAUCUCCGUCUGCUCUGGCGGUAUCCUCGGCCUGGGUGAGGAGGAGGCCGACCGAGUGGGCCUGAUCUGGGAGAUGAGCAAGCUGCCUGAGCACCCCGAGAGCUUCCCCGUCAACGCCCUCGUGGCCAUUCCCGGCACGCCGAUGGAGAAGAACGAGCCGGUGAGCAUCCAGACAAUGCUGCGCACCAUCGCGACGGCCCGCAUCGUGCUGCCCACCUCCAUCAUCCGCCUUGCCGCUGGACGGCAGCUCUUUUCCGAGUCGGAGCAGGCCAUGUGCUUCAUGGCAGGUGCCAACGCCGUCUUUACGGGCGAGCGCAUGCUCACGACGCCCACCACGGGCUGGGACCAGGACAAGGCCAUGCUCGACACGUGGGGGCUGAGGGGCAUGCGCAGCUUCGAGGAGAAGCGCCUGCACCGUCUUGGUCCCGAGGCCGAGGCUGAGGCUUCGGUACAGGCCCAGGAGGCGACGACCGAGCAGGCAAAGCGGCCAGAGGUCCAGGCCUAGUCAUGCACAAGGGAGCUGCAGGUGCACCUUCAACAAGACUUUUGAGUUUGAGGGAAAGAACGGAACAGAGAAGAGGAUUUCGAUUAGAAGACGAAGAGAGGCGAAUGGAUUGAAAUCAGAAAGAUGAAGAAAAGAGAGAGUCCAGUCC